CAUCGGACUAUCUUUUCUUUUGUGCUGCUAUUUCGUAAACAUGAAGUUAUUAAAAGGAAAUUUCAUAAAAAACACAAUAAUUAGUUUAAUAAUUAGUGCAAUUUUGCGAUUAAUGAAUGAUUAAGUUUCCAUCCCAGGAGCAUGUAUGGCAAUUCAACAAUUCUAUAAAUCUCCACGAUGAAAUCAACACAAUCUUAAGUACUGAAUUCGCAACAAAUUUGGUUUUUAACGCGAGCAGGAUAAAAAGAAGUAAUUGUGAGAAAUAAGCGUGCCCAGGAUAACGAUUGAAUAUAAGUUUUGCAUAAGGUAUGGCUUUAGUUAGCUACGGCAGCAGUGGUUCCUCCGAUGAAAGCAACGAGCUGGAUAAAAGCGCUACCAAUCCCACGCCGGUGCUAGAUCAAAUUGCAGAACCAAAGCAAAAGAAGGCGGGAUUAAAUGAACGACUAGCAUUAAAGAGAUCUCUGCCUGAUGCGCUUUCAUUAUUGGGAGGAAAGCGUGCUCCACCCGCGUCAAUCGAAACGCAUAUGGAUGAUCCAACAGAUCAUGCUGGACGUGUGCGAAGUUUUAAGCAUGAACGUGGCAAUUGGGCUACGUAUGUGUAUAUAGCAGUGCGGUUAGACGAAUUGGAAGAUUUGCAGGAAGUAUGCCAAGAAGCAUUAGCGGGGACCGUGAGUGAUUUACAUGCUGUAGACGAUCUACACAUGAGCUUGAGUCGUACAGUUGUGCUACAAUAUCAUCACAUCGAUUCAUUUGUCGAGUCGUUGAGGAAUGCAAUAGAAGUUAACGCCAGCUUUUCCAUCAGUUUGCGCCACUUGCACAUUUAUACGAAUGCAGAGCGAACGCGUACAUUUAUUGCACUUAAGGUUGAUGAGAUAUACUUCGAUAAAAUUCUUCAGAUCUUGUUAAAAGUUGAUAGUGUUAUGACGGAAUACAGACUACAACGCUUCUACGAAGACCCAUCGUUCCACAUAAGUUUUUUGUGGUGCCUUGGCGACAAAGUCGCUGUGCUCAAUGAAAACCUGGAUACCUUGAAGUCUGCUAUCAAUGUAACGUUGGGUGAAAGCGAAGCAUUUAAUUUAUUUGUUCAAGAAAUUAACUGUAAGAGUGGCAAUAAGGAAUUCACCUUUAAGCUUAAUUGAGUUUUAAAAAUAUGUAUCGAAUAAUAAUUGUCUGCGCCUCAUAAAAGUUUACUUUU